ACCACGAAUUGUGGCAAUUAUAAAUCCAUUGUAAAGAUAGCCAUUUCAAAGGCCCAACUGGUGUACUCGAAAAACAUAUUUACUUUAGAAGUGUACUUUAUUAAAUAAGCUAGCGAGCAAAUACUUUCCUUGCGCAAUAUCAUCCGCUUUGUGGUACGGUCUGUGGAGAGGUGACGGUUCCUGAUGUAUACAGGAGGCUACUAAAAGUCUGUAAAUUUUUACUCUUUAAAGACCCAAAGGGAUCAAGACUUUCAAUUAAAUGAUUUGCUUCAUUCUAAGGAUAACGGAGACUGCAAUCUAGAGUGCAACCAGCUAUGGCGAAGCUAGUAGCAGUAUGUAGGACUGAUGACUACCAAUUUGGGAGGAGACAAAUCCCCCUCAUCGUAGACGAGUCGCUUUCGCUUGUUCUGCAGUUCACUGAUACAUGUAUUGGGUGUGAAAUGUCAACAAUUAAGAUGACAGAACUGGAGCGAUUUGUUCAAAGAUUCCAUGCUUUGAGUCAGGAUGAGAUAGCCACAGCACUCAUGGUCACAGGGAAAGAAGUUUUUAAUCUUCUCUCUCAAAUGGUCCCAUGUGUUGGGUGCAGGAGAAGUGUUGAAAAACUAUUUGGUCAGCUUGUGGAAACAGGAUACCCAGCUCUAGAGCCUCUCAUUGUCGCAGCUACUUCAUGUCUCUCCAUCAGCAGAAAUUACCUUUUUGAUCCUAAGGCUAUUUAUGCUUUGUUCUAUAUACACGGGUCCAAGCUGACUUCAAUGAUGGAGUCCAUCCCAAAGAGCAAGAAAAACAAGAGGUGCCAACUACAUUCCUUGGAUACACACAAAUCUAAACCAACAGCUUGGAUGGACACAUGGGAUUUGCUAUCACAAGAAUGCAGGGAAGAAGUUGUUCUUAUAGACACUGAAAGCUUAAUGGAUACUCUAGAUGUAUAUCUCAGAAAGCACAGGUUCUGUUCAGAAUGUAAGUCCAAAGUGCUCCGUGCAUAUUCAAUUCUGGUUGGAGACAGUACAUCUGAGAAGGGCUUCUGCCCUGCGCUGUAUGAAGGAUUGAGGUGCUGCCCACAGGAGAGGCAUCUUCAUGUGUUGUGUGAAACAGACUUCAUUGCCCACCUCAUUGGGAGAGCAGAACCAGAGUUGGCAGGAAGUCGACGAGAAAGACAUGCCAAAACACUUGACAUUGCACAGGAGGAGGUAUUGACCUGCCUUGGAAUACACCUUUAUGAGCGCCUGCAUAGAAUUUCACAAAAGUUAAAGGCAGAAGAACAGACCUGGCAGAUUUUGUUUUACUUGGGUGUUGAUGCACUAAAGAAAAAUUUUGAGGUUGCUCUUGAAAGAAAACAAGGUAUCACCAAUCUUGAGCUUAUGUGCCAGGAGUUAUUGGAGGAAGAACAAGCUAAAGAGAUCAAGAAAGAGCAUAAGAGACAGAAGAAGAAGAAAAAGAAGACUAAUAAGGGAAUCAGCAACAAAGAGAAUUGUCAGUGUGAUGAAAAUUCAAACCGUGAGAAUUGCACCAUAUGUGAAUGUUCUUCAAACACAAAGCUUCACAUGACAACUACAAACAAAUCAGAAGAACCACCUUGUUCAUGUGGAGAUCAGAACUGUAUGACGGGAGAGAAAAAGCAGCAGCGAACAUGCACCAAAUACCUAGCCAGUGGUGACUACCAAUUUGAGCCCCCGCCUUUAAGUCCCAGAAGUGUUCCUGUUCUUUGUGGCUGUGAUGACAAGUGUACACGUAGUGAUUAUGGCUAUUCAUCAGACCAUGAAGUUUGCGACAGUUGUAGCACCCCAAGUUCCAGAGAAGGAUCUGAUGUUGUAGUCUGCGGUAGUGGGGAGCUAGAGCAUGAUGGUGAGGGCUGUCACUGUCCAAACUCUGCAAGUUGUGCGAGGCAUUUUGAUUGUGGGGACACAGAUUGUAACAUGAGAGGGACAUGGAAGUGCACCAAUGAUGGACUUGGAACUUUUAACAGUGACCAGCAACAACCAUCAGGCUUAACUCUCAGUCUACAAGAUAUGUUGGAUCAAGCCUCUUGUUCCUCGGAAGGAGAAGAUGAGGCCAUUUCAGAAGAGGAGAUACAGAGAUUUAAAGCCAAUCAGAAACUGCUGGAAAUCCAACGUCAACAGCUACGUGAACGCCUUCGCCAGGAGUUCACACAUAUGCAAGAACGUGGUCGUGGUUCAGGAAUCUGCACAGAUGUGGGCAAAGCAAGCAGCUCUGCAUCUCCACCAGCUUCCCUUAACAAUCUCUCUAUCAACUGAUUUUUCAAAAUGAAUAUGGACAUGAAAAAGAAUUAUUGUUCCCUUAAAACAAAUGGCCUGGCUUUUUUCAUGUUUUAUUUCUUUUUAAACUCAGAAGACUUUGAUUUAAGUGACUUUGAAUAAGUUCAAUUGCAUUAUAAUGCAGGUAGAAGGUUAUUUUUUCAUCUCUUGGUGGUCAAAGAUAUUUAUUUAAGUUAUAGUGAUACUUCAACUGAAAACGUGGAUUUCUUUUCUGUUUUCUUUAUUAGUUAAAUUGCAUGUAGGAAAGAGUUAGUUAAAUAAUCUUAAAACGACGGAUAAAUGAUUUUACAAAGCCAGAUCCCAUAUUUAAUUUCGUGAAGUUUUCAUGCUGCAUGAAGCAAUUGUGAAAUUAAUCAACAUACAUGCCAAUUAAACAGCAUAUGAUACAAAAAAGGAUCAGUUGUAAACAAAUUGAAUGGUUAAAACUUCAUUAUGAGAGAGCUAAAGAUUGCUCACUUCCAUUAAAAAAUUGAAGUUA